AUGUCCAAGGCCACCUUCGCCGCCAUCGCUGCGGCCAGUGCGGCCACCGGAGCUGGCUUGACAGCCCUGGUCUAUUCCGCUCGCCCUCAACCUCAACAGCAACAGCAGCAACAACUCCCUCCGCCAACUCCUCUCGCUUCUACGAAAGGCCCCGCCUCUCAACCCGCGCCGCCUUCGCUCGCUCCUAAACCCUCCGGCGGCUCCCCCGUUGACCCGUCCGGGAUCUACCAAUAUGGCUUCCCCGGUCCGGUAGCCGACACCCUUAUAUCACUCCCGCUGGCCGGCGCCUACGAUCGCCGCACGCGCAACCCUUCCUGGGUCGCUGAACACAUCACGCCCGCGUCGCUCGCUCUUAAGAAUGCCGAUCGCAAACACAGCACCUUCUACGAAGACACCACCAUCCCUGCCGCUUUCCGCGCCAAACUGUCCGACUACUUCCGUUCCGGCUACGAUCGCGGACACCAGGUGCCCGCCGCCGAUGCCAAAUGGUCGCAGGGCGCCAUGGACGCCACCUUCGCUUUGACCAACAUGUGCCCGCAAGUCGGUGAGGGAUUCAACCGCGACUACUGGGCUCACUUCGAGGACUUCUGCCGUAACCUGGCCAAGAAGUACCCGUCCGUGCGCGUCGUGACCGGCCCUCUGUAUCUGCCCCAGCGUGACGCCGACGGCAAGUGGCGUGUUUCGUACGAAGUCAUCGGCUCUCCGCCCAACGUGGCCGUGCCCACGCACUUCUACAAGGUGAUAUACGCAGAGGAGGGACCCGCUUCGGCGGCCGGAAAGGUCGCGCUGGGUGCGUUUGUCUUGCCGAAUGCUCGCAUUCCAAAUGAGAAGCGGUUGGCCGAGUUUGAGGUGCCGUUGGAGGCGGUGGAGCGCGCGAGUGGACUGGAGUUUGCGGCCAAGCUGGAGCCUAGCCGCCGGAAGAAGCUGUGCCAGGAGGUUAAGUGCGAGGUGACCAUUCGGGAGUUCAACAAUGCUUCUAAGCGGAAUUAA